AUGAUUAAACAACAGCAACCACAGCAACUUAAGGCACAAAGCACCCAGGUCCCUCAGACCAUUACAUACGCCAUAUAUGCAUAUAAUUCAAAGACGGCAGAACAAACGCAAAGGUUGAAAUAUGGAGAUUUGGAGAUAGUAUUGAAAAAUGACCAUUUCGAAUUCGUUUGCAAGGGUGGUGCAGUGAUAUCAAAUAUAAAAGAAAUUUUAUUUAUGAAUUCAAAAAUUAAAGGUAUAACAGAUGAUAUAACAUCAAUUCCACCAGAAGAACAGAGAUAUUACGCAUUAAAUGCAUUUCCUAAAGUUUUGAAGAUUGGAAGAUUUAAUUUAAAUGAGGAAUUCAUAGAAGGUUUCCUAAACGACAUAAUGAAGAAGGCAGAUAAGGAAUAUGUUGCUGCUGUGUUAGAGAAGAAAGCAGAUAAGGAAUAUGUUAACGAAAAAGAUAAUGAAAUUAAAGAAAGGGUUGAAUGGUAUCAUGAAUGGACAUCAAAGAUUUUAAAAACUAAAGCCGAUACAGGAUGGGUUUCAGGAUGUUUAGACCUUAAAGCGGAUAAAACUUAUGUUAACGAUGAGUUAGAGAAGAAGGCAGAUAAGGAAUAUGUUGCUGCUGUGUUAGAGAAGAAAGCAGAUAAGGAAUAUGUUAACGAAAAAGAUAAUGAAAUUAAAGAAAGGGUUGAAUGGUAUCAUGAAUGGACAUCAAAGAUUUUAAAAACUAAAGCCGAUACAGGAUGGGUUUCAGGAUGUUUAGACCUUAAAGCGGAUAAAACUUAUGUUAACGAUGAGUUAGAGAAGAAGGCAGAUAAGGAAUAUGUUGCUGCUGUGUUAGAGAAGAAAGCAGAUAAGGAAUAUGUUAACGAAAAAGAUAAUGAAAUUAAAGAAAGGGUUGAAUGGUAUCAUGAAUGGACAUCAAAGAUUUUAAAAACUAAAGCCGAUACAGGAUGGGUUUCAGGAUGUUUAGACCUUAAAGCGGAUAAAACUUAUGUUAACGAUGAGUUAGAGAAGAAGGCAGAUAAGGAAUAUGUUAACGAAAUAUACCAAAGUUUGAUAGGAACAACGAAAAAUAUUGAAACUAUUGUUGGUGACUUUUCUAUCUAUGAAGAAAACAAAUAUUUUAGAUGGGAGUUUGUACACUCCUUAAAAAAUGGUAUACGGUAUAAACUCAUUCCGAAAAAUAACAAUGAAAUGUAUGUAGGCUAUAUAAAGAAUAAUGGUACACAAGUUAAAGUUCCAUUAGACAACAACUGUUACUUAAACUUAUAUGGAGACGAACAAAAGAAAUAUUUAAGAGUUUAUGAAAUGGCAGAUAUGACAUUGCCUGACCCAGCUCCAGCACCAUAUUAUUAUGACUAUGGAGAUGAUGUCAGAACACCACAUGUAGAUGAACAAAAGCUAACAUUAUAUUUAGAUUAUUAUAGAUAUAAAAGAUAUAAUGCAAUAGAAAAAACGAGAAUAGUAUAUUAUUAUACAGAUGACAGAAAUAAAUAUUAUAGUCAAGAUUUUACCUACCCUGAAAACAUAAGAUUAUAUUAUAA